CACGUCUGAAGCAAGGUGGAUCGCAUAUAAGAAGCAUAGCCAUCUGUCGGAAUGUGAUGAUUCCAUAUUUUGCACCAUAGUGGAUCUCGGAAAGGAUUUGCACAAGGAUUAGUGAAAAUCGCCUCGACUCGAAACAAUAAACACCCGAGCCUUUGACCUGCCAACAAACAAUAAUCGACACCACAAACUAUGCUAAAUUCGAUAUUCUCCGGCAACACCAACAACAACGGCACCGUCACACCACAUUCAAUGCGCGAAUCUCCCGACGCCGAAAUGCAGCCCACAACCCACACUACCUCCAAUGCCCCCAACAACACCCGCCGCCGUCGCAUCGUGGUAGCCAUGACAGGAGCUACCGGCGCGACCCUCGGCAUCAAAGUCCUCAUAGCCCUCCGCCGCCUCAAUGUCGAAACCCACCUGGUCAUGAGCAAAUGGGCCGAAGCAACCAUCAAAUACGAAACAGACUACCAUCCCUCCAACGCCCGCGCCCUAGCCGACCACGUUCACAACAUCAAUGACAUGGCUGCACCUAUCUCCAGCGGCUCUUUCAAAACCGACGGAAUGAUCGUGGUGCCAUGCAGCAUGAAGACGCUGGCUGCGAUUACCUCGGGAUUUUGUGACGACUUGAUUUCCCGAACGGCGGAUGUGAUGCUUAAAGAACGGAGACGUUUGGUGCUUGUUACGCGUGAGACACCACUGAGCAAUAUCCAUCUGAGAAAUAUGUUGACGGCGACGCAGAGCGGGGCUGUAAUUUUCCCGCCUGUGCCGGCGUUCUAUAUCCGAGCUGCUGGGGUGGAGGACUUGGUUGACCAGAGCGUGGGGAGGAUGCUGGAUUUGUUUGAUUUGGAUACAGGGGAGUUUGAGAGGUGGAAUGGGUGGGCGGAGUCAUAGGUUUCUUUGUUCGUUGCGUUUCUCCAUUUUCAAUUAUUAUUAUUAUUAUUAUUAUUAUUUUUUUUUUUU